CCAGAUGACUUCAAUGGAGACAGGAAGAAGACCCGAACAUUUUACCUCGCCACUCAACUUUACAUGAUGGCCAACAAGCACAUCUACGACACCCACGAGAAGAAGAUCACGUUCUUCAUCUCCUUCUUGAAAGAAGGAACUGCCGGCCCAUGGGCUGAGGCAGAGAUGACGAAGGCAUUCACCAAUGACCAAGGAUUUGGCACAUGGGAAGCCUUCACGACACGAUUCCUGAACACCUUCACUGAGGCAGACACCGCUGGAGAUGCGAGAGCAAAGUUGCGCGUGCUGCGCCAGACGGCCACAGCAGACGAAUACAUUGCGGAGUUCCGCAUGUUGACCGCACGAUGCGGAAUCACUGAAGACGUAUCCCUGAUUGAGUACUUCCAAGAGGGACUCCAGAACAAGCUAGUCGAGAAGGUCUACGGCAUGGAGCACAUGCCUAAGACGAUUGACGAAUGGUAUGAAGCCACAUCCCGA